AUGGUGGAAUCUUGCGGUCGAGGAGCAAGCAAUAAUGAGAAUCCAUCGGAUAGGACGAAGCAAACAAUUUUUGAUAUUGAACUCAAGAGAAGGCCUAGGUGUAACAAUUGGCAAAGUCCGGACAUCUACGGAUUCUCGAGCACUCGAUGGAGGCAUUUUCAAUUGUUUGUUGAGGCUACCGAGAUCGACAUAGUUGAAGAACGUCCGCAACAAGUUCGGGUAAAGAACCGGAGAUUGAUUUUCGGUGCCCUCAUCAACGAGGAAAUGAGAUUUCAACUCGUUUUUCCAUUCCGUCUCAAAGUGAAAGACUUGAGAUCUUUGAUCGAAUCGACAAUCGAAACAUUUCGCAAAGAGAGGCGCCUACAACAACAUGCAAAACCUAUAAAGUAUGAAAUGGACCAGUUAAUAGAUCCUUCUCAAGCAGGAAAUAUAGAUGGCUUGUAUGCCGUGAUUGAACAAAAUCCACAUAUGUUGGCUCAAAUUGAUGACAUUCCAUUUUUUGAUACUUCGUUACAUGUUACUGCAUGUGCAGGACAUCUCCAGUAUGCCACGGAGAUCACGAGUGACUCAAACUCUAGAGAGAUCGAACGGUUUCUCAAUGAAGUAGGUGAGAAAAGAGCAACCAUGUUGGAAACCAGUCCAAACCCACAACAAACUCAAGAUCUAGAUUUCAUUCAGCCAGAAGCACCAGCUGCCACAAACGAUUGGUCUAACUCAGAAUUAGUAGAACCACAGAAUUUGUCUCAAGAUGACUUAGAUGAUUGA